AUGAUGCCUCCGACUGCAUCCACUGCCGACGACCUCGACGGCUUCCAGUCCUUGACCGGCGUGGCAGAGAGUGCAGAGCCCACUACGUCAACGCCUGCCCGCGACGACCCCACGAGCAGCACCACCGCCCCAGACAUGUCGGCUCCCAUGCGUCAACACCCGCUGGCUGCCCAGCGCCCGCCCUUCAGCGUCAACGGCUCGCCCUCGCCGCGCUCGUCGCGCGAAGCCUCGCCCGCAGGCCCUCACCACCGCAGUGCCACGCCCUCCGGCGCCAGUGCGAGGCCGGGCUUCCGCUCACGCAAGAGCAGCGCCGAUGCGAGUCCCAGCCGCGGCUCCAGUCUGUCCAACUCUGCUGUCGCCCCGGGGGUGCAGCGUGCUCUGUCCUCCACCAGCAUACCGGAGCUCACCCCAACAUCGUCGACCGACACGGUGCGAGCCACACGCGCUUCCAAGCCAUCGUCAAAACCGAACUCGGGCGACACGACUCCCCAUUGGCCCCUCUCACCGCGCCUCAAGUCACCACCGCCGGGCGAUGACGGCCGCUCUCGUUCGCGCACCAACUCGCUGCGUUCGCAGAUCAGGAAGCCCGAGGCCCAGUCGACGCCCGCUAUCGUCGUCCAGAGCUCGUCCCCAGCCUCAGUCUCUCGCUUCCCAGUGAGAGAAGACGUGCCCGUGAGCGACGUCGACGAGCCACCAGCCCAGCCACAGACACAGCCUCAGCAAACCAUCAAGGCGCCCUCGCGCAGUUCCGGCGGCGCGGCUCCCAAGCUGGCAACGGUGCAAGAAUCUAGCUUGCCUGCCACACCCGGAUUUGAUGGUCUAGAGCCGCAAAGGUACGCUUUCCCCGCAACGGCCCCACUGUUUGUCAUCGCGACGCACGACCGAAAUGACGUCAAUUCGUCCAAAGUCACCGAAGACCUCAGCACCAAGCACGACACGUCCAAGCACACUGAGAGCGGGAGCGACAGCGCGACCAAGAGCGCCAAGAAGGGCAAGAUGCAGGAACAGCGCUCCGCCUACACUCAUCGUCCGCACACCGUCUCGGCCAAGCCCUCCCUGUCCUCAAUGUCGACGCGAUCGCGAGACCCGCCCCUCCGCAACAUGACGGUCGAAACCGAGACCGUGCCCUCUGUCGCGCAGCCGUCAAUUGUAAACCAAGACAGAUCCGCCUCAGGUCGCGUCGACGGCGGCAUACGGCUCAAGCCCAGUAAUGAGACAAUUCGUCCCAAGACCCAGAAGAAGGCCCCCAAACGGAAGGCCGCAUCCAUCAAUGCAGGCACUGCGUCAUCCAAGGCAGAUGUAUUCGAACAAAAGGUGGCCAGCGCCGUCGACGAGGCCGACUCGUCUGACUCGGACGCUACCUUUAUCUACGAAUCGAAUCCUCCCGAGCAGCCAACUCGCAGCCGCCAGCACCACUCGCGAACGCCAAGCAUGACGUCGUUAGCCAGCCUCACAGACCCACGACUCCAGAUCCGCGACACGCACAAGCAUCCAAGCAAGAAGAGCAGCAUCAAAUUCACGAACCCAUACACCAACGCGAGCAUUGAUGGCGAUGACCGCGGCGAAGGUACUGUCCGCAUCGGCUCCGGACGAGCGGGCGGAGGUAGCCACCAUCACCACAUUGGAAGACAUGGCCAGGGUCGGGGCGCGCUCAGCCACAUCACCAUGGACAGCGACAACUCGGUACCGCAAUCUUCGCGCGCACGUGGCCCGUCCUCCAGACACGCGUCGCAACCGAACAGCCCUCGCUUCCAUACUUUCAAUGUUGGCAAUGGUCACAGCAACGGCAGCAAGAAAAGUGGGGAAUUCUCUGCAGCAUACGAUAUCGACGCCGAAAACAUCGCCGAUGAUGAGCGCACACCUCUGAUCCAGUCUGGGCGGAGCCCACGGGCCCGCACGCCUCGCCAGCGCAACACUGCCACUAUUCGCCAACUAGAGCGCCGGCAUCACCGUGAUGGUGGGUGGUGUCGGCGGUUCGCUGGCUGCCUGGUUCUGUCGAUCCUGCUGCUCGUCGUCGUAUUCUGCGCUGUUGGGCUUGUCUUUGCAACAACGAAACCGCUCACUAGCCUUGUGGUGCGAGACAUUCAGAACGUCGUUGCAAGUCAAGAAGAGAUUAUGCUGGAUCUCAUAGUCAACGCUGUCAAUCCCAACAUUAUCGGGGUCACUGUAUCCGACAUGGACAUUUCGCUGUUUGCUAAGAGUAAGCAUGUCGGGUCGGACAGUUGGUGGCGCGAGCACGGGAAUGGCCCACAUGACAAUGUAGAAGAUUGGAGACCGAUCGAGGAAGACGCAGUUCCAGAUAUCUCGAUUACCGGUGUAGACGAGGGAACCGAUCCUAUCGAGGGCGAACCACGGACCAUGUUGCUAGGCCGCAUCGCCCACUUCGAUUCGCCAUUAAACUUUGAAGGUUCCUUUUUCCAGCGGCACCGCGCCGAAUCUAUUGGUGAGCUCCGACUUUCGCACCCAGGGAACAAGACCGAAGCUGGUGGCAGCGAACGUUGGGAAGAAGUCCUGCAGUAUCCCUUCGAAUUAAUCGUGCGAGGCAACUUCAAGUACACACUGCCCCUCAGCACGCAAGAGUUCAAAGUCCCUGUCACGGCAACCCAUUACUACGACCCGGAUAUCGAGCGCAAGAAGAAGCUCGACUUUGCAGAGAAAAUAGAAAAGAGGAGGAAUCCAUUACCUGUAUCAACAAAGCCUUGGGGACGUUACGACCGCAGAGCCCUACCGUUCUGGAGUCUCCUAUAG